CGGCAUUGUGGGCACAGGCAUGGAGCAGCAAACGCAGUGCUCUGGUGCACGACGUCGCGUGGUGACAGCAGUAGCCUUGGGUCCGUGCAUCGGGGCUGUUUGCCAAGCCAGCAAACACCCCACCACCGCACCCCACCCCGCUGCUGCGUAAUUCACAAAACCCUCCCUCACGACAUGAAUGACCAACUGGCCAUUGAGCCCCAGCGCGGCCGCCUCGUCCCGCUGAAGACCAAGGGCGAGAUCCGCGCCACCAAUGAGACGGUCGAUGUCUACGUCGUGGAGCUGCCGGCUAGGGCCGCGAACGCCGUUUUGAGCGUCCUCAGAACCGCCCUCUCCGACGCCGCUACCGCAGACCUGCAACACCUCCGCCGCGUCAUAAAGCCAGACUUCCUGCCCGCGCCGGCGCUGGCCCGCCUCGCGCCCGCGCGCGUCACUCCGCCUCCAAACUCGGGGGAGACGCGGCUGCUGCUCGUGUCGCGGGCGACGCUGAUCCCAGCCGCCGAGCUCGAGGGCGUGCUAGCCAGGCACGCGCCGUUUGCACCAGCAGCCAACGACGACAACGCCAACACCGCCUCCUUUCCCCUCGCGAUCCACGUCCUGCCCGUCCCCGCCCUCGCGCCCACCUCCGCCCCCCAAGCCGACGCCUGGUCCGCCACCUACUGGCCCGUCGCCUACAAGCACACGAAUCCGCACGGCCCGCACCCGAGCCUCGUCGCGCGCGCCCAAGCGGAAAUCGAGCCCCAAGCUGGCCGCUGGCUCGCGCUCGCGCAGCGCGCCGCCCUGCAGGCUGCUGACCGGGGCCUUGGGCCCGCCGUCGGGUGCGCGGUCGUGGAGCGACGGCUCGAUGGCAAUGGCCGCGCGGUCGAGGAGGGGAAGCUCGUUGCUGUGGCGGGUGAUGCGCGCCGCUGCGGCUUGUUGGGCGAGGCGCAUUUGGCUGGGCAGCACGCGAAGGGCGGACACGCACAUGGACAUGGUGGCACGGGCAGCGGCGCUGGAGGCGCAGCCAUGAGCACCGCGAACGGCAACGUGAUGAACCACGCCGCGCUGCGCGCCAUCGGGAUGGUGGCGCAAAAGCGCCUAAACCUCACCACCCCCACCCCCACCACGAAGCCCGCCCCCGCACCCACAGCCCCCGUCCCCACAAUCUUCGCCGACACGCCCCUCACGCCCCUCGAAGCUGCCGUGGACGCACUAGAAAACACCCUCGCCCCGUCAGGCUACCUCUGCCUCGACCUCGAGAUCUACCUCUCGCACGAGCCGUGCGUCAUGUGCUCCAUGGCGAUCCUGCACUCGCGCUUCGGGCGGUGCGUGUUUGCACGGCGGAUGCCUCGGUCCGGGGGGCUGGGGGCGGAGGAGUGGGCUGCCGAGGCGAAAGCCGACGUGAAGGCUGAGGCUGUGAGUGAGGUUGAGGCGGAUGCAGGGCACGGCCUGUUCUGGCGGCCCGCGGAGCUGAACUGGAAGUUCCUGACCUGGCAGUGGCGUUGUGCGUAUGGUAUCAAGGAUGGGUGGGUAGAGAAGUAG